UGUGAUCAGCACUUUUUCUGCGGCGUAUAUCGAGGCACCAGCUUUGGAAUCGUGGAAAGAGAGUCUGGCGAACGAAAUGUUCUUCAUUCCCGACUUUGACGCUACCUUGGGAUACUACGAAGCAGCUGAUGGCUGGCGAUAGGCUGUUUAAUCUUUUCGACUGGAGUCAAGUGCUCGAAGCUAACUAUCGUACGAGGGAUUACUGGUGUGAUUUGGUCGACGGAGCCUUCAGCUGGGAGUCAGCUUGGCCUGAGCGGGAAGGCUACGGCGGCAAGAUUGCUGGCGAUGUUUCGCCAGACUUCUUGACGGCUGCCGCUGCACACAACCACAGCAAGCUCUACAUGGUCCCUUUGAGUCCCAUACAGUACAAGAACUCUUACAAGACCAACGUCUACCGCCCAGGUCAACACGCUUUGCCAAAGCGAAUGGAGUUGAUUCUCGAUACGGUCAAGCAAGCAGACUUUGUCCAGUUCCUGACGUGGAACGAUGGACCAGAGUCACUACAUUGCUGAACUUUGGCCUGAACAGAACAGCGAUGCACAGACAUGGUUUUAAAUGAAUCAGGAGCGAUUCGACCAUACUUGUUGGCAGCCGCUAGCUGCAUCUUUCAACCACGCCUUCAAGAACCGUCUCGACGCGAACAGCAUGACACCCCAGAACGGCGCUGUUGCUG